ACUGUCCUCGACACGCAAGACAUCCACGAUUGGCUGCUCAAGUGGAAUAAGGCUCGUCGGGAGCAACUCCGUGCUUUUCAAGCAUGCCUCAAGAACGCGGAGGAGUUGAAGCGGCAGCUGAGUGACCCGAAAACCAGGCUGGAAGCGCAGAUGCUGCUUCAGUUCGAGCUACAAAAACGUCGAAGCUCCUACCCCAACUCUGUGGUUCCUAGCUGGUUCAUCCCGCCCUACGAGGUGGUGCUGGGUAAGCAUAUUGCCCAGGGCGGCUUCGGGGACGUGUACUACGGCAAAUGGUUCGAUACGGAGGUUGUG